AUGUCUGUCGAGCAGAGAUCUAAUGUUUUACAAGUUAAGUACAAUGAGUACAAGCAAACUUUAGGGGCAUUACAAAGCAAAAUCAUAGAAUUGGGGAACGACAAAGACGAACAUGAAUUAGUACUAGUCACUUUAAGAAAAACAGAUGAUAGCAGGAAAUGCUAUCGAAUGGUUGGUGGCACACUUGUUGAGACGAAUGUGAAAACUACUAUCCCGAUAUUGGAAACUAAACUUUCUAACAUCACUAGUGCCGUCUCGAAUUUAAAAAAGGAAUUGAUAAAAACGGCGGAAGAGUUCGAAAAAUGGAAAAAGGUUAACAAAAUUCAAGUGAUCAAGCAGUGA